AUGUUAAUUGGCUUCUAUCCAUACGAAGAAAUCUGCGAUAAAAACGCUCUUGCAACGAUGGUCGACAUAAGAAAUGUUUUCUAUAUUAUUGCUACUCUUUCAAUUCUCCCUUUAACAAGAUCGACUCUUGCAAAAGGGUGUCGAACAAUCCAAUUCAAGCAAAAUAAAGAAACAAAUAAAGCAUUAUUAAAUCACGUGAUCAAAAACGUCACAGUCGAGAGAGAAGCAUUAUGUAUGCACAGCUGCUUCAUGAGCCCGCGUUGUGUCUCAAUCAAUAUUGGGCCUUCUUUCUCUUCUGCAAAGUUAUUAUGCCAGCUGAACUCCGCUGACCGUUUCCAGUAUCCACAAGACUUCCAAGAUAAACCUGGCUUCUCAUACAAUGGUGUUGAAAACAACCAAUGCUCCUCUAAUCCUUGCUCAAAGCAUGGUGUUUGUCUACAUGGUUACGGGAACCAGUAUCAGUGUGAAUGUCAUCAUGGAUGGACUGGGAAAAACUGCUCAAAUAUAGAAAUUGGAAAAAGCGCUCUGACACCCGCCAAAACCUGCCUCGAUUUAAAGAACAAGCGACCUUCUUUCCCAUCGGSYAGCUAUUGGAUUGACCCGGAUGAAGCUGACCCUAGCAACKCUUUUCUCGCUUACUGUGACAUGGAAACAGACGGAGGGGGCUGGACACUSGUCUGGGCAUACACGUUCACACUAUAUAAUAGGUUCAAAAGUKCUGCUAAUGUCGUAAUCCCAACCCCUAAAAAUUAUGUGAAUGCUUUCGGUAAUAUCUCAGAAACUGCUCCAAAAAACGAGACGGAUUUCAAUGCGCUUGACUUUUUGAAAUGGAAGCAGAUCGGCAGCGAAGUAUUCAUAAAGUCAAAUAUCAAUAAUUGGAUCGCCUGCUUACCUAAUGUUGGCAGUUUUGUAUUGCGCGUAGCCGGGUCUAUGAAAUGCCGAAUGAUCAAAACAAAUUGCCUCUAUUUGCUCUGUGAUCCCUGAUAAAUUUUCUUGCAGAUACAACGGCUGUUUCAUGUCCACCAUGAACGCUCAUUUUUACUUUUACUUCGAAACCAAUCCAGCAGAUAACUGGCCUACUCACGAUCCUUGUAGUCAAAACCAACCAAACCAACUGAAAAAUGUGCAAAACCCUCACGGGAACAUCUACGUGCGCUAGGCUAGUGCAUGGUGAUAAGAAACCUUCUGCCGGUAUCUUGAAAAUAAUACGUCAUUUCCAGACAUACGUCAUAGUAGACGAGGUGAAAACUCAAAGAAAGUCUAGGUAAUAGCUGUCAAUCACUGGCAACAGUAGAUCGACUUUUAAGCUUUUUU